AUGACGUCCACACAGAGGUGGCCAGAAAAGGGUUGGGUGCUCCUACACUUAUUGUUGGUGGUGUCUGUCAGUCAGGCUGAGGAGCUAGUUUGCAGGAGGAGAGGGGAUCCUGAGAAUCCACAGCUAUCUAAGGAUGGGGACAUCGUGUUGGGGGGAAUCUUCUCUUUCCACAGCAGCUGGAAAGAUAGACAAGACACCUACAUGGACAAACCACUGCCACUGCAAUGUACCAGUUUGAACUUCAGAGGGUUCCAGUAUGCCCAGACUAUGCUCUUUGCCAUAGCGGAGAUUAAUAACAGCACACAAUUAUUGCCUGGCAUAUCCCUAGGAUAUAAGAUCUAUGAUGUGUGUGGCUCCAUUGCAAGAGGUGUGACUGUUGCACUGGCCUCAGCUACUGGUAAUGACAUGGUAUUUGCACCCUCCGAUGUACCAUGUACCCGGCCAGUCAAUGUGCAGGCUCUUUUAGGAGUGACCUCUUCCUCUCCUUGCAUGGCCAUAUCUACUGUAAUCGGACCCUUUCAUAUACCACUGAUCAGCCACUUUGCUACUUGUGCUUGUCUCAGUGAUAAAACCAAGUACCCAUCAUUCCUCAGAACAAUACCCAGUGACUACUACCAGAGCAGAGCCUUGGCUCAGUUGGUCAAGUACUUUGGUUGGACUUGGGUUGGAGCGAUUAGAACAAAUGAUGACUAUGGUAAUAAUGGCAUGGCCAUAUUUACAGAAACUGCCCAGCAGCUGGGUAUCUGUUUGGAGUACUCUGUAGCUGUCUUUAGAACAGAUGCACCAGACAAAAUACAAAAGACAGUUGGUAUUAUCAAAGCUUCCACUUCAAAGGUGAUUGUUGCUUUCCUCUCCCACAUGGAUAUGGAUGUGCUAAUACAUGAGCUGUCUCGCCACAACUUGACAGGAUACCAGUGGGUAGGCACUGAGGGCUGGAUCUUUGACUUCCAAACUGCAGCCAUGGAUAGGCAUCACAUUCUAGAUGGUGCCAUUGGUCUGUCUAUCCCCAAAGCACAUGUCAGUGGCAUGAGAGAGUUUAUUUUGGAUGUGAAGCCUCUCAGUUCAUCUAGUAAUGAAUUGUUUACAGAGUUUUGGGAGACAUUAUUUAGCUGUAAGUUGAAUAAUUCAAGGUCAUCAGCAGAGAAUCAGACAGAAUGUACUGGACAUGAAGAUGUGACUGGAGUGCAAAACAGCUUCACUGAUAUGUCACUCAUGCCUAUCUUUUACAAUGUUUAUAAAGGAGUGUAUGCUGUGGCCCAUGCACUUCAUAAUAUCCUCAGCUGUAAUAAAACAUGUAACAACAAUGUGCAGCUAGAUCCAUUGACGGUGAGUUGAGUUGAUUCAUUGUUUUUACAUUGGAUUUUACAACACGUAAGAAAGAUUCGGUUCACAACAAAGGAAGGAGAUGAAGUUUACUUUAAUGAGAAUGGAGACCCAGCAGCAAAGUAUGAAAUUAUUAACUGGCAGCCAACAGAAAAUGGGAUUGUGGAUUUUGUUGCAGUUGGUCUUUAUGAUGCAUCUUUACCUGCUGACAAACAGUUGAAUCUGCAAAAUAAGUUUUUAGUUUGGACACAGAACUCUCUACAGGUGCCGUUGUCAGUUUGCAGUGAGAAAUGUCAACCAGGAACUCGCAAGGUCCUUCAGAAAGGAAGGCCUGUCUGCUGCUAUGACUGUUUAAGAUGUGCAGAGGGAGAAAUCAGCAACAUCACAGAUUCCAUCACUUGUGUGAGAUGUGGUCCUGAGUUCUGGUCAAAUGAGAGAAGAGAUGCCUGUGUAAAGAAGGAAGCAGAGUUUCUCUCAUAUGAGGAGAUUAUGGGAGCACUGCUCACUGCAGCUUCUCUCUUUGGAACAUGCAUGACUGCUGUUGUGGCGUUCAUUUUCUUCAGAUACAGACAGACUCCCAUUGUCAGGGCCAACAACUCUGAGCUGAGCUUCCUGCUGCUCUUCUCUUUGACUCUGUGUUUCCUGUGUUCUCUGACCUUCAUCGGCCGGCCCUCUGAGUGGUCCUGCAUGCUGCGACACACAGCAUUCGGCAUCACCUUUGUCCUCUGUAUCUCUUGUGUUCUGGGGAAAACAAUAGUGGUGUUAAUGGCCUUCAGGGCCACACUCCCAGGUAGUGAUGUGAUGAAAUGGUUUGGGCCUGCACAGCAGAAACUCAGUGUUCUGGGUUUCACUCUUAUACAAGUCAUCAUAUGUAUCCUCUGGUUAACAAUUUCUCCUCCUUUUCCCUUUAAGAAUUUUAAGGAAUUCAAGGACAAAAUCAUCUUAGAGUGUGCUCUGGGCUCAGCUGUAGGCUUUUGGGCUGUACUUGGGUACAUUGGACUUCUUGCCAUGUUAUGUUUCAUUCUUGCUUUUCUGGCUCGGAAACUGCCUGAUAAUUUCAAUGAAGCCAAAUUUAUCACCUUUAGCAUGCUGAUAUUCUGUGCAGUAUGGAUCACUUUUAUCCCAGCAUAUGUCAGCUCUCCUGGGAAGUUCAGUGUAGCUGUGGAGAUAUUUGCUAUUCUGGCUUCAAGUUUUGGACUGCUCAUUUGUAUUUUUAUUCCAAAAUGUUACAUUAUCUUACUGAAACCAGAGAAGAACACAAAAAAGAGUAUGAUGGGGAAGGGAGCACCAAAGUGGCCUGAAAAGGGUUGGGCACUCUUACACUUAUUGUUGGUGUCUGUCUCUCAGGCUGAGGAGCUAGUUUGCAGGAGGAGAGGGGAUUCUGAGAAUCCGCAGCUAUCUAAGGAUGGGGACAUUGUGUUGGGGGGAAUCUUCUCUUUCCACAGCCGAUGGAAAGAUAGACAGGACACCUACAUGGACAAACCACUGCCACUGCAAUGCACCAGUUUGAACUUCAGAGGGUUCCAGUAUGCCCAGACUAUGCUCUUUGCCAUAGCGGAGAUUAAUAACAGCACACAAUUACUGCCUGGCAUAUCCCUAGGAUAUAAGAUCUAUGAUGUAUGUGGCUCCAUUGCAAGAGGUGUGACUGUUGCACUGGCCUCAGCUACUGGUAAUGACAUGGUAUUUGCACCCUCCGAUGUACCAUGUACCCGGCCAGUCAAUGUGCAGGCUCUUUUAGGAGUGACCUCUUCCUCUCCUUGCAUGGCCAUAUCUACUGUAAUCGGACCCUUUCAUAUACCACUGAUCAGCCACUUUGCUACUUGUGCUUGUCUCAGUGAUAAAACCAAGUACCCAUCAUUCCUCAGAACAAUACCCAGUGACUACUACCAGAGCAGAGCCCUGGCCCAGUUGGUCAAGUACUUUGGUUGGACUUGGGUUGGAGCUAUUAGAUCAAAUGAUGAUUAUGGUAAUAAUGGAAUCGCCACAUUCAUAGAAACUGCCCAACAGCUGGGUAUCUGUCUGGAGUACUCUGUGCCUUUCUUCAAAACAGAUGCACCAGACAAAAUACAAAAGACACUUGAUAUUAUCAAAGCAUCCACUUCAAAGGUGAUUAUAGCUUUCGUCUCAUACAUGGAUAUGGAUGUGCUAAUACAUGAGCUGUCUCGAUACAAUUUGACAGGAUACCAGUGGGUAGGCAGUGAGGGUUGGAUCUCUGAUUCUCAUAUUGCAGCAAUGAACAGGCAUCACAUUCUGGAUGGUGCCAUUGGCCUGUCCAUCCCCAAAGCACAUGUCACUGGCCUUAGAGAGUUUAUUUUGGAUGUGAAGCCGCUCAGUUCAUCUAGUAAUGAAUUGUUUACAGAGUUUUGGGAGACAUUAUUUAGCUGUAAGUUGAAUAAUUCAAGGUCAUCAGCAGAGAAUCAGACGGAAUGUACUGGGCAUGAAGACGUAACUGGAGUGCAAAACAGCUUCAACGAUAUGUCACUCAUGCCUAUCUUUUACAAUGUUUAUAAAGGAGUGUAUGCUGUGGCUCAUGCACUUCAUAAUAUUCUCAGAUGUAAUAAAACCUGUGACAACAAGGUACACCUAGAUCCAUUCACGAUUUUACAGCACAUAAGAAAGAUUCGGUUCACAACAAAGGAAGGAGAUGAGGUUUACUUUAAUGAGAAUGGAGACCCAGUGGCCAAGUAUGAAAUUAUAAACUGGCAGCCAACAGAAAAUGGCAUUGUGGACUUUGUCAAAGUUGGUCUUUAUGAUGCAUCUUUACCUGCAGACAAACAGCUGACUCUGCAAAAUAAGCCUUUAGUUUGGACACAGAAUUCACAACAAGUGCCGUUGUCAGUUUGCAGUGAGAAAUGUCAACCAGGAACUCGCAAGGUCCUUCAGAAAGGAAAGCCUGUCUGCUGUUAUGACUGUUUAAGAUGUGCAGAGGGAGAAAUCAGCAACAUCACAGAUUCCAUCACUUGUGUGAGAUGUGAUCCUGAGUUCUGGUCAAAUGAGAGAAGAGAUGCCUGUGUAAGGAAGGAGGCAGAGUUUCUCUCAUAUGAGGAGAUUAUGGGAGCACUGCUCACUGCGGUUUCUCUCUUUGGAACAUGCAUGACUGCUGUUGUGGCGUUCAUUUUCUUCAGAUACAGACAGACUCCUAUUGUCAGGGCCAACAACUCUGAGCUGAGCUUCCUGCUGCUCUUCUCCUUGACUCUGUGUUUCCUGUGUUCUCUGACCUUCAUCGGCCGGCCCUCUGAGUGGUCCUGCAUGCUGCGACACACAGCAUUCGGCAUCACCUUUGUCCUCUGUAUCUCUUGUGUUCUGGGGAAAACAAUAGUGGUGUUAAUGGCCUUCAGGGCCACACUCCCAGGUAGUGAUGUGAUGAAAUGGUUCGGGCCUGCACAGCAGAAACUCAGUGUUCUGGGUUUCACUCUUAUACAAGUUAUUAUAUGUAUCCUCUGGUUAACAAUUUCUCCUCCUUUUCCCUUUAAGAAUUUUAAGGAACUCAAGAACAAAAUCAUCUUAGAGUGUGCUCUGGGCUCAGCUGUAGGCUUUUGGGCUGUACUUGGGUACAUUGGACUUCUGGCUAUGUUAUGUUUCAUUCUUGCUUUUUUGGCUCGGAAACUGCCUGAUAAUUUCAAUGAAGCCAAAUUUAUCACCUUUAGCAUGCUGAUAUUCUGUGCAGUAUGGAUCACUUUUAUCCCAGCGUAUGUCAGCUCUCCUGGGAAGUUCAGUGUAGCUGUGGAGAUAUUUGCUAUUCUGGCUUCAAGUUUUGGACUGCUCAUUUGCAUUUUUAUUCCAAAAUGCUAUAUUAUUUUACUGAAACCAGAGAAGAAUACAAAAAAGAGUAUGAUGGGUAAGGGAGCCUCAAAACCAUAA